UAGAGCGAAGGUAGAUGUAUAAAUUUGGCACUAACUGGCAACACUGCUUCAACUACCACAGUUGAACGAACGUUAUUUCGGUGAAUAACAAUAGAAAACGUACUUUUUGGCGGCAUUCAGGUUCAAGUGAUCUUCAGAACGUGAGACUGCCGAUAGUUUAGUGCGGAUAAAAGUGCGGAUUCAUAGCGAAUUAAAAUCCAACGACAUGGAAAUUGUUCUGCCAUUAGCAAAGUUAAACCUGGAGACGGUGAACAUUUUUUUAGAACAACACAAACUAACCGAUAGCACGGUAAAACUCACCCGAUCACGCAGAUCUAACGUGUUUAGCACCGUUCCGGAACGAUCGUUUAAGAACAUCACAUUAGUAGAUAUAAAGCAGGAAAUUAAUCCCAUUCACCCGGCAACCUUAUACCAACCAACGUUGACGGCGGAAAUAAACGAGAGGGUACAACCAUUUAUGACACGGCUCGCCGCUAAGGCUCAGGACAAAAAACACGUCAUCGUGUUGCAGUUCACUGGCAAAGAACAAAAUGUGAGCUCAGCCUAUUGCACAAAUUGUAGUGCAGCGAAAGAGAGUUGCGGUGCACUACCGUGCCUAAUGUGCUGGAUUCAACAAGAACAACAGAAAACAUAUCCCGAUAAGGAGAAGAAGGAUGCUAAUAUUUCUCGUUUAGAAAACGCAGCAAAGAAGCGAAUGCUUAAGCGGGAAUGUUGUGUGUUGCUGGAACCUGUAGACGUUGGGAAAUACAAUGUGACACAAACCACCGUUAUUGCAAAGCCCGCGUUAAAGAAGAUUACGGUAGCGAGCGUUCCUUUCACUCCCAGUCAGCUGGAGCAGGCACGCAAGCUUUCAAUGGUGCAUUUGAUUCGGGAGUUUGACGGCAAUGAUGCCGAGAAGUUUCUUCAAUUUUGCACCGCUCGUAUGAAUGCACGGGUGUGCGAUACCAUCCCAUUGAUCACGCUUGGCCAAGCCGACACUGAGCUAUGGCACGAGCUGCGCAUCGGCCGCAUUACGGCAUCACGCAUCCGUGAAGCUUCCCGCUGCACAAUGAUGCGUGGAUCCUUGACGCAAAGUAUUAUGGGUCGGUCGUCUGGAUUUUCUUUCGCCAUGAAACGGGGCACCGAUCUCGAAGGGCACGUGCUGGCCGAAUUGCGCAAAGAAUAUCCCGCGUUGCGGAAUACGGGAUUGAUCCUGGAUCCGGGAUGUCCGUGGAUGGGUGCAUCUCCCGACGGUAUUAGCGAUGAGUUUGUGCUGGAAAUCAAGUGUCCGUACACGGAGAAGACGCACGCGUGCUAUAUAGAUGUGGAGAAACUGGCGCCAAAGUACUACUCCCAGAUACAGUUGCAAAUGCACAUAACGAAGCGGAAGAAGGCACUGCUUGCGGUGGCGGCACUAGAUUUCGAAAAGACGAAGCAAAUCACGAAAUUGUGGAUCAACUAUAAUAAGCCACUCGUCCAGGACCUAAUUGAAAGUGCUUUCAGUUAUUGGCGUAAUGCUAUAUUUAAGGAGUUGCUUCGUAAGCGCUCCGACAAAAAGUAAGACGUUUGUUAUGUCUUUCUAUUUUUUCUCAUUCUUACUAAAUACAUUAUCUAUUCACUGUUAAACUGCAGCUGAUCUCAGUACAAUAAUAAAGCAUCUAGCGUGAGCUGAAUAAAGCUGAGAUUGAAACGAAUGAAAAAUAAUUGUUUUUUUCCAGGAAUUGCGUGUGUAAAAGAAUUAUUUUUCUGUGCGAAAAUGUAUUAGAAAACUUAACUACAAGCGGAGCGAUUUAAUUCAAACUUUCGUACUACAAAAAGUUGAUGAAAAUUGCCUCUUUUAUUCAUGCAGUACGUCCUGUACAACACUUAGUUUGGUUAAGUCGGAAUAGGUAGUAAAAACCAGGAAUCGAUACCUUUCCCAAUUACAACCAUUCCAUAUUUCUUGUAAACGUAGCUACUGAACUCGGUUGCAUCCCUUGUAAAGUGUUUCCUUUCAUUGGAACUGUACGACUGACCUGAGAGAAGGUUAUUUUGUAUCCUUUUUUUCGUAUUCGAUCCUAGUAUCAUCUUAACUUUCAACAUUUCUCUACUCUGGACGGAUAAAGCCAGGUUAUCAACCCAUAUCUAGGAAAUUGGACUCAUGGCUUCACACCUCAAUCCAAUGAGGCAUCCGAUCUUCAGCAGGUUUCUGAUUUAAACAAAAAACUCCGUAUGUUAUCUGAAGUUACGAUCAUCCGAUCGGCUUAUCAUCGCAGUCAAACGAUACUUUGCUUUCCCAUCGAUAGUUCUACAGACAGAACAGCUUUGCUUUGGGAGACGAGAACUGAUGUCUCUCUCUCUUCUUGGCUUUUAACGACCUUACAGGUCACGCCGGCCAUUUCUGGCUUACUAGACUUAUUUUUACCACGUAGCCGGAUAGUCAGUCCUUGCUACGGGGGGACGGUCCGGAUGGGAUUUGAACCCGGUCCGGCCGUGUGGACUGGCGCCGUUUAUCACAUGCACCAUCGGGCCGCCC